CGAGCCCGUCCGGCCGCCGCCCCUGCCGCGCGGCCGCCGCCAUGGCGAGUGACAGCGGCGGGCCCGGCGGGCCGAGCGCCAGCGAGCGCGAGCGACAGUACUGCGAGCUGUGCGGGAAGAUGGAGAACCUGCUGCGCUGCAGCCGCUGCCGCAGCUCCUUCUACUGCUGCAAGGAGCACCAGCGCCGGGACUGGAAGAAGCACAAGCGCGUGUGCCAGGGCGCCGAGGCCGCCGCGCCCCCGCCGCCGCCGCCGCUGCCCGCGCCCGUCGCCCAGCCCCGGCCCGCGUCCCCGCCCCGCGCGGCCCACGGCGGCCCCGGCCCCGCGGUGACGGGCGAGGCGGAGCCGGGCCGGGAGGAGGAGGAGGCGGGCCGCGCGCACCCCCCGCCGCCGCCCCCGCCGCCGCCGCCGCAGGACAGGGCCAACCUGUGCCCGCCGGGGGACGCGCCUGGAGAGGGCCUGAGCCCCGGCGGCGCGCGGCCCAACGGGCAGACGAAGCCGCUGCCCGCGCUGAAGCUGGCGCUCGAGUACAUCGUGCCCUGCAUGAACAGGCACGGCAUCUGCGUGGUGGACGACUUCCUGGGCAAGGAGACCGGGCAGCAGAUCGGCGACGAGGUGCGCGCCCUGCACGACACCGGCAAGUUCACGGACGGCCAGCUGGUCAGCCAGAAGAGCGACUCGUCCAGGGACAUCCGGGGCGACCAGAUCACCUGGAUCGAGGGCAAGGAGCCCGGCUGCGAGACCAUCGGGCUGCUCAUGAGCAGCAUGGACGACCUGAUCCGCCACUGCAACGGCAAACUGGGCAACUACAAGAUCAACGGCCGCACCAAGGCCAUGGUUGCUUGUUAUCCAGGCAAUGGAACGGGUUAUGUGCGUCACGUGGAUAAUCCAAAUGGAGAUGGAAGAUGUGUGACAUGUAUAUAUUAUCUUAAUAAAGACUGGGAUGCCAAGGUAAGUGGAGGUAUACUUCGAAUUUUUCCAGAAGGCAAAGCCCAGUUUGCUGACAUUGAACCCAAAUUUGAUAGACUGCUGUUUUUCUGGUCUGACCGUCGCAACCCUCAUGAAGUACAACCAGCAUACGCUACAAGGUACGCAAUAACUGUUUGGUAUUUUGAUGCAGAUGAGAGAGCACGAGCUAAAGUAAAAUACCUAACAGGUGAAAAAGGAGUGAGGGUUGAACUCAACAAACCUUCUGACUCGAUCAGUAAAGACGUCUUGUAGAGCCUCCCAUCCAGCAAUACCCCACUCACCGACAAUAAUUGUUGGCACUGUUUGUUAACUUGUGAAUACAAAUAAGCGGGAUAAUUAAUGGGAAAGAAAAAUAGACAACCCGUUGGCAUUUUAAUAAGGAACCAGAAGCAACUUUUCUGUGUUGCACCAAACGGAAGAUCCCGACUGCUGUGACUGUGCUGCACGGUCGACCCCCCAUCUGUGAUCGCUCACGGGAGGAAGCUACGCUGUCCAUUGGAAGUGGUUUUCACAUCUGGACGUGAAAUAAGUGCCCUAUGUAGAAUUUUGUCCUUCUCAUGUUUUGCCAGAUCUGUCAUCUAGCUGAGUUCAUUUUAUCUCUCCUUUUUUUUAUAUCAAGUUUGAGAUUUGGUAAUUUUUGUAUGAUUAGGUACAAUUUAUCAAAACUGAAUUGAGAAAAAAAUUACAGUAUUAUUCCUCAAAAUAACAUCAAUCUAUUUUUGUAAGCCUCUUCAUACUAUUAAAUUUUGCCCUCAAAGACUUCUUAUAAUGAUUGUUGCCAGCGACUGAUGAUUAAUUUUCUUUAUACUCAAAGUAAGAAAAGGAGCACUUUAAUUGCCAACUGAAAAAUCAGAUUAUUUUGUAGUCCUGUCUUACACUAGUUUGAACUCGUAAAGAUUGCUGCUGUAGUUUUUUUGACAUUGUAAUAAUGAGACUUAACAGUAAAAGUCACCAUUGACUACCAGUAACUUUUAGUUCAUGUUCUGCAAGAUAAAAAUACACUGUAAGAAGGGUUUAUCUUUUAGGUUAAAUUUUUUUAAAAAUUAAAGCGACUGGCACUAAAUGAACUUGAGAUUAUCCUCUGACUCAAGUUCCUAAGAUAAAGGGCUUUCUUACACUUUCAGGUGCAUCCUUUCCAUGUAGACGAUAACAUCCCAUUUCUAAGACUUUUCCUUUUGCUUCUCAAACUGAUUGUCCUUCCAAAUUUGCUUUUGUGCUUUCUUUCUAAUACUGUGGUCCUCCCGAUGUGCCGACCGGACCUGGCUUCUGUUAAAGAGUAUCAGUGGAGGGUCCGUAUCCACCGAGACCGAAAUGUGGUGUCACAGAGUGAACGCGGUGACCCUCAGACAUCUUCUGAAGCGUUCCCCAAACGCCGUGCUGGCCACCUCAUCAGCACUGAAAAAUGUCUGUUUAGCUUAGGAAAACAAACCCCCAAAAAGUGAAAAUUUUAUUUUUAUGUUUCAUGGGUUUUCUUUUAGAAUAAGAGGGAAUUAUUACAAAAUCGCACACGGCCUCCCAGACUUCUGUUUAGAGAGUGAACUGGGAUGGACGUCUUAGGCUUCACUGCCCUCGCUCUCCAGCAAAACCCAAAGGGCCGUGUCUGUAUUUUCCGUGAAUCGUGGGUGUAAAGACCUUGCCCACUUAGGUUUCCUAUCUCUGUCCUUGAUCUUUGCCAAAAUGUGAUUAUACGGAAAUACUUCUGUAUAUUUCAACUUACGAGAGUUCUACCGUCUAUAUAGUGUGUGUUCAGUUAGACCUUUUCUAUGGAAAGCUCAGUAAUUUUUAUUAAAAGAUUGCUAUUGUUCAUGUAAAACAUGAAAGAAAAUUGUUUAGUGAAGCUGACGGUGCAGACUUAGGUGGGGAUUAAAUAUCUGGUGUUGUGAUGUCACCGAGGAGAACUUGCAGGAGGAAGCGAUGGCUGGUUGUUUUCCUUGCCCCUGUUAUUUUGUUCCACCGACCCUCCCUCGAUCCAGAUGAUAACGUGACAUCCCUACAGUAAGUGCCUCUGCCAGCCGGGCCGGGAGUGCAGGCUGUCGCUGCCAUCUGGUCUACCGUGCGGUGCACUGCCUUGGACCGCAGCUCAAAAGCACCAUCAUUUUUAGGGUUCAUAGAAACUGUUUUACGUUGAUGGGAGGUUUGUUUGAUUAUCCAGAUAGACAGCAACAGCCUUUUAAUUUGGGGGCCCCUGCUGUCAUUCAAAUGUGUACCUCCGCAGUCGUACAAAGUGUCAGAUUCCGCUGUCUGGGUUGUGCUUGCCAGAGAGGUCAGAAAUUGUAUAUUUUUUGGAAAAGUUUAUAUACUUUCUUGGAGACCAUUGUGAAAAGAUCAAGAAAUCAGGAUAAGCAUUUCUUUAAUAUCCAUUUAAAAUCUACUCAUUUCAUGUUAGUGGGACCGUUAACUUGUCACCAAGCAGGACUCUUUUUAAAACAAAAUUUAGAACUAUUUGUGGCCUAUAUGUGUUUAAUCCUGGUUAAAGAUAAAGCUUCAUAAUGCUGUUUUUAUUCAACACAUUAACCAGCUGUAAAACACAGACCUUUAUCAAUAGCAGGCAAGGAAUUUCAGGAUUCAUAUACAGAUAGAGUAUAAAGUCAUGUAAUUUGAAAAGCAUUGUUUCGUUAUGAAAGAGCUCUCGAGUUGCUUGUAAAGCUAAUCUAAUUAAAAAGAUGUAUAAAUGUUCUUGAAAAAUGA